AUGGAGGUGAUCGUCUCUGCAGUUCUUGGCGAUAUUAUAAGCAGGUCCGUAUCCUUCCUCGUCGACAGGUACCACCGGCUGCAGGCCGGAGGAGCGGAAGAGAGCCUGCAACGGCUGCGCCGCCUUCUGCUGCGAGUCCAGGCCACCGUCGAGGAGGCCGAGCGGCGGCAGAUCACCAACCAGGCGAUGCUCCGGCAGCUUGAGAUGCUGAGGAACGACAUGUACAGAGGCUACUACAUGCUCGACGCCCUCACGUGCAUACGCCGCGGAGAAGGCGACGCCACGGCCAAAGAUGAGGUGAGCGACCGCUCGCUUAUGCUGUGCCGAUUCAGUCCCGUCAAGCGGCUCUGCCUCUCUGCCAGGGCGCCGAAGAACAUGGUGUUCGACGGCAACGAGCUCAGCAAAGCGCUUUGUUGCCUUGAGACGACUGUCGCCGACAUGAAGGAGUUUGUGGUGUUCUUGAAGUGCUAUCCUCUGCUGUGCCGGCAACCUUGCAGCAGCUACUUGUCUACGGACAUGUGCAUGUUCGGCCGUCACACGGAAUACGAGAGGAUCGUGAGCUUCCUGCUGCAGGUUGGCCCCCCUGGCACAGCAAAUUUCGGUGUUCUUCCGGUAGUCGGACCCGCAAGGGUCGGGAAGAGCACCCUCGUUGAGCAUGUCUGCUACGACGGCAGGGUGCGCGGCUACUUCUCCUCGAUCGUGUUCCUCGGCGAGGAUGAUCUCCAACUCCAAGGCACGGAAGCGAAUGCUCUGCAAGACAGCGGUGUUGUCAAGUACAGAAACAGCGCUUCACAUGGGAGGCUGCUGGUCGUUGUGGAGCUGAUUGGGGAUUUGGAAAAGGAAAUAUGGAGCAGGUUGUGCUCUUUACUGAGCCAUAUGGCACACGGGAGCAAAGUCAUAGUUACAGGCAGGUCAGAGAGAAUCAUGCGGUUCGGAACAACCCAGGCUCUCAGACUGAAUGCUUUGCCCCAUGAAGCUUACUGGUACUUCUUCAAGAUGAUUGCCUUCAGAGACGCCGGCCCGGAGGACUAUUCAGAGCUAUCAUCCAUAGCCAUGGAGAUUGCAGCUGAGCUCAACGCCUCUUUCAUCAAUGCAAGCAUAAUCGGCACCCUGCUGAGAGCAAAUCUCAGUGCCCGGUUUUGGCGCAAGGCUCUCGAGCGCAUCAGAGAGUUCACUGCCAAGCAUGUGCUCAUGUUUGGCGAGCAUCCGGUCGAUCUGAUGCGGAAAGGGCGGCCUAUAUACCUUUGGAGGAUGGCAGGCGGCGGUUCCGAAGUCCUUGUGGCCAAUGGUGUUCAUCAGGUCUGCUCUCCGCAGCAGGACGUUCCAAAGCUAACAUUGCUGGAUGUCGUAUCUGGAAGUGCUAUACCGCGUGGAAAUUGUGAAUUCCUAGCGUGGAAGUCUCGGAUACCCCCUUACUACAGCUACCUGGUGAGCUGCAGCAUAAUGACAUCGCGGCGUAUGGUGGUGAACAAGAAGCGCUCUCGCUUGCAGAGUGUUUGA